AUGUGACUUUUAGCCGGUCGUACACACGGCUAUUCAAAUUCCGAUCUUGUGGCGUUGUGCCGUGAAGCAGCAAUGGUACCAGUUCGUGAGCUGUCACGAAAAGACGUGCAAAAUUUGACUGGUACAGAAAUUCGGCCCAUUACAAUUCAAGAUUUUGAAACAGCAAUGAGAGCAAUCAAACCGUCAACCAAAGAGAAAAUGCUAAGACAGCUGCGCAAAUACGCUGAAACAGCCGGGCAGUGUGAUUAA